GGCUGCUCCACUGUGGCCGCAGGGCUGAGUGGAGUCGCUGGAGUGAGUUCCCGCUGUGAAAAAGCCUGCAACCCUCGCAUGGGAAAUUUGGCUUUAGGGAGAAAGCUCUGGGCAGACACUACCUGUGGUCAGAACGCCACGGAGCUGUACUGCUCCUACAGCGAAAACACUGAUCUGACUUGUCGGCAGCCGCGGUGUGACAAAUGCAAUGCUGCCCAUCCUCACCUGGCUCACCUGCCCUCUGCCAUGGCAGACUCGUCCUUCAGGUUUCCUCGCACGUGGUGGCAGUCUGCAGAGGAUGUGCACAGAGAAAAAAUCCAGUUAGACCUGGAAGCCGAAUUCUACUUCACUCACCUAAUUAUGGUGUUCAAGUCCCCUAGGCCUGCAGCCAUGGUGCUGGAGCGGUCCCAGGACUUUGGGAAAACAUGGAAGCCUUACAAAUACUUUGCGACAAACUGCUCCGCCACAUUUGGCCUGGAAGAUGAUGUUGUCAAGAAGGGAGCUCUUUGCACCUCUCGGUACUCCAGUCCUUUCCCGUGCACCGGAGGAGAGGUUAUUUUUAAAGCUUUGUCACCACCAUAUGACACGGAGAACCCUUACAGUGCCAAAGCUCAGGAGCAGCUGAAGAUCACCAAUCUCCGUGUGCAGCUCCUGAAACGACAGACUUGUCCCUGCCAGAGAAAUGACCUGAAUGCAAAGCCCCAACAUUUUACACACUAUGCCAUCUACGAUUUCAUUGUCAAGGGCAGCUGCUUCUGCAAUGGCCAUGCUGAUCAGUGCAUACCCGUGGAUGGCUUCAAACCCCUCAAGGCCCCAGGAACCUUCCAUGUGGUCCACGGGAAGUGCAUGUGUAAGCACAACACGGCGGGCAGCCACUGCCAGCACUGCGCGCCACUGUACAACGACCGGCCCUGGGAGGCAGCGGAUGGCAGAACGGGGGCUCCUAACGAGUGCAGAACGUGCAAGUGCAACGGGCACGCCGACACCUGCCACUUCGACAUGACCGUGUGGGAGGCAUCGGGGAACCGCAGCGGUGGCGUCUGCAACGACUGUCAGCACAACACAGAAGGCCAGCAUUGCCAGAGGUGUAAGCCAGGCUUCUACCGGGACCUCCGGAGACCCUUCUCUGCUCCAGAUGCUUGCAAAGUGUGUUCCUGCCAUCCGGUUGGAUCAGCCGUCCUUCCUUUCAGCUCAGUGACCUUCUGUGACCCCAGCAAUGGUGACUGCCCUUGCAAGCCUGGGGUGGCCGGGCCACAUUGUGACAGGUGCAUGGUGGGCUACUGGGGCUUCGGAGACUACGGCUGCAGACCUUGCGACUGCGCCGGGAGCUGCGAUCCUCUCACGGGGGACUGCGUCAGCAGCAGCACAGACAUAGACUGGUAUCAUGAAAUUCCCGACUUCCACUCCACGCACAAUAAGAGUGAACCGACCUGGGAGUGGGAGGAUGAGCAAGGAUUUUCUGCACUCCGACACUCAGGUAAAUGUGAAUGUAAAGAACAGGUGUUAGGAAACUCCAAGGCAUUCUGUGGAAUGAAAUAUUCAUAUGUGCUAAAAAUAAAGAUUUUGUCGGCUCAUGAUAAAGGGUCUCACGCUGAAGUCAACGUGAAGAUUAAAAAAGUCUUAAAAUCUACCAAAUUGAAGAUUUUACGAGGAAAGAGGACCUUAUAUCCAGAAUCGUGGACGAACAGAGGCUGCACUUGUCCAAUCCUCAAUCCUGGUUUGGAGUACCUCGUAGCAGGACAUGAGGACGUAAGAACAGGCAAGCUAGUCGUGAACAUGAAAAGUUUUGUCCAGCACUGGAAACCAUCUCUUGGAAGAAAAGUCAUGGAUAUUUUAAAAAGAGAAUGCAAAUAGCAAUACAGGUGCGUAGCACAUGAUAGCACU